AUGAAGUUGAAUAUUUCGUACCCGGCCAACGGGUCGCAGAAGUUGAUCGAAGUCGAAGAUGACCGCAAGCUGCGCGUCUUCAUGGAGAAGCGCAUGGGCAACGAAGUCCCAGGUGACAGUCUAGGAGAUGAAUGGAAGGGCUACAUCUUCCGCAUCACUGGUGGUAAUGACAAGCAAGGCUUUCCCAUGAAGCAGGGUGUUAUGCUCCCUACCCGUGUCAAACUCCUCCUUUCCGACGGCCACUCCUGCUACCGACCCCGACGAACCGGUGAACGCAAGCGCAAGUCCGUUCGUGGCUGCAUUGUCGGGCAAGAUCUCGCCGUCCUCGCUCUAUCCAUCGUCAAGCAGGGCGAUGGAGAGAUUCCCGGUCUCACUGAUGUGGUCAACCCCAAGCGCCUGGGUCCCAAGCGAGCCACCAAGAUUCGGAGAUUCUUUGGUUUGACCAAGCAAGAUGAUGUCAGAAAAUUCGUCAUCCGCCGCGAAGUCGUGCCUAAGAAAGAAGGUGCCAAGCCCUACACCAAAGCCCCCAAGAUUCAGAGACUUGUCACUCCCCAGCGCAUGCAACACAAGAGACACCGGAUCGCACUCAAGAGAAGACGCGCUGAGGCCGCCAAAGACGCUGCGAACGAGUAUGCUCAGUUGUUGGCCAAGCGUGUGCAUGAGGAACGUGAGAAGAGGACCGAGUUGAGGAAGAGACGUGCCUCCUCGAUGAGGAAGGAGUAG